CAGACUAGCUCUCACACAUUACACACAUCACCUCCACACCCACACCCAAGGAUACCCUCCCUGUCUCUCCACCUCUGUCCCUCAACCCUUCCAGCCACAUUUUUUUCCUGCCUCUGGGGUGGAGAUGCUUGCCUGACCCCGUUUCUUUCACACUCCCAAGACUUUUGUGGAUGCUCCUCUCUUUCAAUUACCCCAGCUCUGCUACUUUGUUGCUGCCGCUGCUGCUGCUGCUGCUGCUACCUGUGGAGGUUCCCUGGUUCUGUGGUCCACAGACUGCCUGCUGUCGCACAGAGUGCUGCCCCACAGAGAGGCACCAUGCUGGGACUGGAUGUGUGUGAGUUUGGGGGUCAGGUACUGGAGCUGCUGUGGCUAACUAUGUGCUACAGAGGUCUGAUGGCCGACAAGAAGGAGUCGCCCAUUGAGGAGGAAGAGGACGAGAGAAACCUCAACUACAAUCCUCCAGCCCAGAAGUCUUUACUGGAAAUUCAGGAGCUGGACAAAGAUGAUGAGAGUCUGGUCAAGUACAAACAGACCCUGCUGGGGAGGGGACCAGUCACAGCAGACUUGUCUGGACCCAACGUCAGUGUGACCAGGAUGAGCCUGUUAUGUGACCAGGCUCCUGGACCAGUCACCAUGGACCUGACAGGCGACCUGAACGCUCUGAAGGAGAAGAGUGUCUCCUUACAGGAGGGAGCGCAGUACAGAAUAAAAUUGUACUUCAAGGUGAACAGAGACAUCGUUGCUGGCUUGAAGUAUCAUCAUGUGGUUUUCAGAAAAGGAAUAAAAGUGGACAAGGUGUCGUUCAUGGUGGGAAGUUAUGGCCCGAGGGCAGAGGAGCACGACUUUUUGAGCCCGAGCAUUGAUGCACCGAAGGGCAUCAUGUUACGCGGCAACUAUCAGAUCAAGUCCAGCCUCACUGAUGACGACAAGAAUGUCUAUUUGGCCUGGGAGUGGAGCCUGGACAUCAAGAAGGACUGGAACGAAUAAAGGAAAGAGAGAAAGAGAUGUGAUGCUACUCUCUUUCCUUCUUUUACUCCCAGUCUUCGCCUUUCUGUCUUCUUCCCCCUGUUUAACCCUCCUCUACAUUGUCCUGUGAGAGCAGCCGUCACAAAGGCCAAAAGAGGAGGCUCUGCUUCUCCUGUUUUUCCCUCAUUCUCCUCGUCCAUAUGGUUUAAUCCUUGUCUGCUCAUGAGGCGCUCCUGAAACCUGUCACCUGCUGGGACUUUUAGAGGACAGAAUCCUCACUUUCUCUCCCCUUUAUCCUGCAUUGUAUCUUCAUCUAUAAGUUCUCCACAUGAUGGAAUCUGCCUUUUUAUUUACUAUCAGUCUCUUCCUCCUCAUCCUGUCAUUCGGCCAUACAUUAACACAACAGCAGGGGACCUAAAGCUGUAGUGCGUAACUUUUAAAUAGGAACAUUCAUUCAAACCUUUGUCACAUGAGCUCAAACAAUGCUGGGUAGGGUUAUCAGCUCCAUGUGACUCUCUCUGUGCUUCUCAAUAUAGCUGUUUAGAUCUGCUUUGUUUAUUUCGGGACAUUUCCAUGCUGCACACAGGAAGUGAGCUGUUCUAUGCUGACAGACAGAGGUAACAGCAACUUGACUGAAAACACAAAGAAGUUUCAGUAAUGUGCUGUUACUGUUUAAGAAAACUGACCACAGGCAGAAGAAUAAUGUCAACAACAACAACAACAACAACAAAAGAAAUCACUGGAAGUUACGCACUGCAGCCUUAAUGGGAAGUCAGCUCAGGCACAAAGGGAAGUGUACUAUACAUACGUGCUUACAUACAAUGACACAUUUUCCACCUGCUCAAGUGUGACGCACGGGUCUUUGUUAGUAUCAUACACAGUGAUUUUCCCAUUCAGUCUGCACAUUGCUUGCAUUCCAAAAGCACUUGCACCCAUAUGAGCACCCAUGGGUGUGUGUUGGUCUUAAAAUGAGCAGGUGUGUUUAAGAAAAGCGGUUGGUGGCACUGUCGCACUGUGAUGUUACAACCAAAACACACCCAUUAUCAUUAUUCUUCUUAUUAUUUUUAUUAUUAUUAUUAUUAUUAUUAUUAUUAUUAAUGAUAAUGUUGAGACUCAAAAGAGACUUUUGACUCAUGCAAAUGACUCAGUGACCUUUUGUUCUGCGUUUAAAAUAAUACUUAGAUUUCGAUGUGUGCACGAAGCAUCAGGAGUUUGACAAUAUGGUUCGCUUUAGUACAAUGUACUGCCGCGUGUCGCACACUUGUGUCAAACAGUCUUUACUUGACAAAAGAGCUGAUUGAGUUCACUGUGAUGCUCAGCAGGGUUUCUGGAAAAGGAGACGUUGACUCGUACAGAGUUGAACGGGGGUCAGAGGGAGACACAUCUGAAAACUAACAAUGAUAGAUGAUUUUUCUGACUCAUUGCCGUUUGGAUGUAUCAGAGGCUGCAACAUGGAGGCUUUUCAGGGUUGUUGGAGUCAGGUGGUGGUAAAACUCAGUCAAAUAUAGACUCAGGCGUGAUAGAAAUUACUUUCUAGUUUCUUCAGUAGUUAGCUGUGGGCGACUGGACUUGCUUGAGUUGAGUUGAACACGUUUCACCUCUCGUCCAAGAGGCUUCUUCAGUUCUGACUAACUAGUGGAAAGGACCAGGUACCGCAGCUCACUCCUAAAGAAAGAAUGAAACUUCUGCUUCCCAGUAUAAAUGUCAGUGUGUCUAUUUCAAAACAAUGGGGUAAAAGCUCAGAGAAUGAUAAUCUCCAAACUAAAUUCAGCAUCUUAAUUCAAUUAAAAUGCAUUUUUAUUCAAAUGCUGGAGUUGGAGCUUGUGGUGUCACAAACUGUUACUAUACAAAUUAUAAGGAGGAAAAUAAUAUAAAAGAUGUGUACAUGAACAUAAGAUCACAUAUUUUAACUCUUUGUGUUCCUAUAUAUGUUUUGUUUUCCAUGCUAUUUAAAGAUUGAUUAGAGGAUGAGGUUAAGUUUAUUAUAUGUCAUAUUUUUCUUAUUUUCAUAUCAUGAUAUUAACAUAUUAAAAAAAAAAUCACUUUUUACAUUAGUUACAUCAUCAGUGUACAGUUUUGAUGCAACAAAAAGAAUAAUGUUUUAGAGCAUUUCAACAAAAUGCCACAAUAGACAAUAAAAUUCUGUCUUUGAACACCUUUAAUAUACAGUACUAUUAGGAAAGAAAAUAAAGACUUUCGGUUGACCUCUUCUCCCUCUGUACAUUACAUGCAUUUAAUCAUGAACUUCCAUUUUUAUUCACUUUGCUUUCAAGCACCAGUUUUCUCCAAGUCUUUGUGGAGGUUUCUCAAAGAGCAGCCCAGAGAAAGACUGUAACUGAACUGUGUAUAUUGUAGAAAGAGAUGCAUGUACAUGUCCUGUAGGAUUUUAUACUGUUCUCAUAGUCAGCGGAAACUAAAUUAGCCCUUUCUAAGCAUCUCUCCUGUACCAAGGACAUAAAAAUGGGAUUUCAAAUUAUGCUUUGAAUCUUUUAAUUAAACAUUUACGAUGGUAGAUGGAGAACAGUGACGUGUAUAGGGAGGAAUCUAUUUCCCCCUCAAAAGUAAGAAAACUAUAUCAUUAUUGUGUCAAGUCUUUGGAUAUGAUAUUAUCAUUGUUGAACAUAAUGAACAUUGAACUACCAUUUGAAAUUGUUGUGAUCUAACUGUAAAUGUUUGUUGGGUGUUGCAUGGUUUAACGAGACUCUCUUCCCCUUUUUUUACAACUUUAUUGUUACAAAUUUAAUGUGAUAAAAAAAAAGAAUGCAAUAUACAGAUGUCAAUUGUUGCCAGAUAUUGCAGAUGCUGCAGUAUUUCCAGGGAUGUUUUUAACGGCACUGGUAGCAGCGGUGUCACAUGCCCCCCAGUCUGUAACAAUCAAGUGCCGCACUUUCAAGUAUUGGUGUCUAAUCUACAGUAGCAUCCUGUAUCUCUGAAUAAAGGCAAAUUCAAACAAUCA